AUUCUGAAGCCGAAGAGGGGCGGGGGACGGAAAAAGUUAUCUUUGAAGGUAGAAUUGUGGCAAUUAGAAGAAUCCUUCCCUUUUACAAGCUUCGACAACAGUAAACAUGACUUUGGCCGUCGAUCUUCUUAACCCUUCCGUUGAACACGAGAAGCGCUCUCACAAGCUCAAGAGACUUGUGCAAUCUCCCAACUCUUACUUUAUGGAUGUCAAGUGUCCCGGUUGUUUGAACAUUAGCACUGUUUUCAGCCACGCUCAAACUGUUGUCUUGUGUUCUUCUUGCGGUACUGUCUUGUGUCAACCCACUGGUGGUCGUGCCCGUUUGACUGAAGGUUGUUCUUUCCGUAGAAAGGCCAAUUAAAAAAACAAAAAAAUUCAUCGUUUUUUCUUCAUUGAUUGUUACAAGUCUUUGGGAAAGAAAGAGUAUCUUUUAUUGAUACCCUCUUCUUUUUUAUUUGGCAAGACACUCUUUUAUAUGUAUAUAAGGGGGCGGGGGGCACUCACGAUGACACCCUUUCCAUCCCCAUUUAUGUCACGUAGCCAAAGUUUUUUUUUUUUUUAUAAAAAAAGAAAGAAAAAAA